AACCCCCCCGGAUCAGUUCCCCCCCAGCCUGAUCCCUUCCCCAUCGCGAUUGGCCCGCCUGAAUCUGUUUAUUGCCGCUCCUGGGGCUCUGCCACCAACUAUCCACGCAGAGCGCUCCAGGGCAGGGGGAGACCGGGCAGCUGGGCGCCCGCGAUCUCGGCUGCAUUUGCAGCGCCACAUGCCGCUCUAGAACCCCGCUGGCGCUCGCGGGGGGUUCUGGAACCCUGCCCAGUGCGUUCUAAGCGCGGGGGGACAGGGAGGGUUUCCACUGCUCCCGCUCCAUGUGCACUGCUGGAAAUCGGCCGACCCGGAGCCUAGUGGCGCCCCUCAGCCCAGCGCUGGGGGAGCAUUGCUAGAACCCGGCGCAGUGCGAUCUAGAAGGCAGACUCCACUCCCGUUUCUAGGACCCGGUACGUUCUAGAAGCCUACGUUUCAGAGCCUGGGCUAUUCUGGAAGACGCGCCUCCGCGGCAGGUGGGGCAGCUCUGGAGCCCGAGGGGCCGCGUUGUAGCGAUCGGCGCUGAGCCGCUUUAGAACCCGCCGGGACCCGAUCUCUGCAGGGGAAGGGGGCGGCUAUAGAACCCAGCCAGCGGGGUCCAGAGGGGCCCGCCCGGUGCAGCCAUGCUGGAGUCGGCGGUGCGGCUGGCCCUGGGAGCCGGCGAGCUGGUGGCUCCGGGACCGCAGCUCUCGGAGCGGCUGGCCCUGCUGCAGGCGCAGGUGCUCGCUUCCCUCUGGCCCAUGCUGCUGCUAGGAGGGGCCGUGGCGCUGCUUGUCCUGUUGGGGAUGCUCCGGCGCUGGGACCGGGCGCGGCCGGGCCCCCAGCACAGCGCGGCGGGGGAGGAGGGUGGCGCUGGGUCUGCCAGCUACGAGGAAGGACGGGUGCCAGCGCCGGCCCCGCGGACGCAGAACGGGAUAGCUGGGCAGCAGGAGCAAAGGGCGAGGCAGAGCCACGAGGCAAAGGUUCCAGUGAAUUGUCAGCUUCUAACCUCUGUUGGCAUGAGAGAAAAAAAGCUACUGAAGUCUAAGAAAAAGAAGAAGACCCAGUGCUCAGAAAAGGGAACAUCAAAAGACCACGUCUCUGCUGAAAAAGACAAAUUGCCAGAAGAAGAGGAAGGUGUUUGGCACACCAAGAUCAGUAGCCGAGAAAAAAGACAUUUAAGGAAAGAACGUCUGAAACAAAAAGAAAACCAUAGCCGAGAGUCACUCGGUACCAUGGUGGUUGAAGCAGUCUUUGAUGGGGAUGGGAAAGGAACCGUUUGGCCACACACUGUGAGUGGGACAGAGGACAACAGCAGUAGUGGACAGGGAGCUCUCUGUGAGUCAGGGACAAAGACAGACGGUGGUUCUGCUCUUAGGAACUCAGAAGCCACAGGAGAAGAAUCUGAGCCCACACGGUCUGAAGAGGAUGUUUUUUCCAAUGUAGGUACAUGGGAUAUUGCAGAAGCAAAAGCUUAUCCUGUGACCUUUGGGACCUUACCAGAGCUGUCCAUGGAGUUAAGUAAUCUGAAGAGUAAAUCAUCUCAGGACAACCCCUCCAAAUAUCAUUGGAAUGCCAACUUACCCUUCCUCACAGUGGAUGAUGCAUGGCUUGGGCAGCAUGAUCCCUUAGCAAUUGACCUCAAUUCCGAUUGGAAUGCUCCCACAGAGGAAUGGGGAAACUGGCUGGGAGUGGAGGAGACAUGCACAGGACCAGAGAGAGAGAAGCCUCAGCAAGGUUUGGAAAUGAGAACAGAGGAAGGUCGAAGGGAGUUGAUAUCUAUGAAACACAGUAGUCAUGCUACCUGUACCUCUUUCAAAAUACCCCAGGACCCUGCUAACAAUUUACCCCAUAAUGAUGUACCUGGUAAAAAGGAGAGGCGGAAGAGGAAGAAAAUGAGGAAAGAGACUUGAUGGGGCUGUGUAGCUGACAGUGUGAAAACCAAAUAGCACGUGUGCUGAUUAGCUGCAAGAGUUCUGCUUUCUGUGGUGAUGCACUGAGCCCAAAGCAAAGAGAGGAUCUAGAAGAAUCCCAAUAAAUGGGAGAAGAGGAGAACAGGAACAGUGAGCUGGAGAGGAAGAGGGAGUGUGUGUGUGUGUGAGAGAGAGAGAGAGAAUGAACCAUGGUAAUGUGUGCAAGAGCUGGUGUUGAAACAGAAUUGCUGUUUAAAAACAACCCACUGCCCUUGAUCACUUAAAGAAAACUAUUGAGUGGGUUUUAGCCCAUUUACAUUAAACCCUUCACUGUCCGGUUACUUAUCAAGUUGUCAUGUUGUAUGACAUUAUAGAAUUAGUCAAAAUCCAUAAAUGACCACGAUUGUAUUUAGAUUCUAUAGAGGAUCCACCCUUUAUUCCAGCCUCCAUUUGCAAUUUAAAAUGUGCUGUGUGCAGAUGUGCUCAUUGACAGGUUAAUAAUGUACAGAAGGUGGGUGGUACAUGCUAAAGUGGCUAUAAAUCAUAAGAAAGCAGUUGUUAGACCUACAAAGAACAGCACCACUCACCCGCAAAUCUUCUCUGAAUCUUUUUAACCCUUUGCAGUUGUUGAAGUUGGAUUUUUACCUAACACAGUGACAUUUUAAUGUAUUUCAGCUCAUACGCAGAUCAGUUGGCUCCAAAGGUGAAAAUUUCUAAAGGAGAUUUUAAUUUACUUAGAAAAGUUGUGUAACUUUUCCAUUUUUGU